CGAACGCCAGGACCCGAGCACCGCGGCGCGGCGGGAGCCGGGGAGGUGGAGGCGGGCGGAGGGAGGUGGCGGCGCGGGGAGACGCAGCAGCGGCAGCGGCAGCAUGUCGGCCGGCGGAGCGCCUGUCGUGCCGCCCCCGAACCCCGCCGUGUCCUUCCCGGCGCCUCGGGUCACCCUGCCAGCCGGCCCCGACAUCCUGCGGACCUAUUCGGGCGCCUUCGUCUGCCUGGAGAUUCUGUUCGGGGGACUCGUCUGGAUUUUGGUCGCCUCCUCCAAUGUUCCUCUACCUCUGCUCCAAGGAUGGGUCAUGUUCGUGUCUGUGACAGCUUUUACCCUUUCCCUGCUCUUCCUGGGGGUGUUCCUCUCCGGCAUGGUGACUCAGAUUGAUGCCAACUGGAACUUCUUGGAUUUUGCGUACCAUUUUACAGUGUUCGUCUUCUACUUCGGAGCCUUUUUGCUGGAAGCAGCAGCCACAUCCCUGCACGAUCUGCAUUGCAACACGACCCUGGCCGUGCAGCCGCUCUUGAGCGACAACCAGUACAACAUAAACGUAGCUGCUACAAUUUUUGCCUUUGUGACGACAGCUUGUUAUGGUUGCAGUUUGGGUCUGGCUUUACGAAGAUGGCGACCGUAACACUCCUUAAACUCUAACUGUCCGUGGAUCCGUUUCCUGUGUCUAGUUUGUCUGUCUCGUCGACUUGGGUACCAUUUUAUCCAGAUACAGCACCAUUCCAAAAGCAGUUUGUUUAGUAUAUGGAGAAAAUCUAAGUCCAGUUUUGGUUUAUUUCAAGGAUAGAAUUUUAAUGUUAUUAUGCUAUUAAACAGAGGAAUGGCUUUUAAUUUUACAUCAGUCUCUUUUCUUCUUAUUUCUUUUUUUAAAGAAAUUUUUCUUUUAUAGCCAUAACAUAUACAGAUUUUUUUAUUAUGAAAAGGGAUGUCUCUUUUGUUUAGUUGCUAAAUCAUGUGAGGCUUAAUUUUGAUAGGUAACUAAAACUCCCUAAAAUAAAACACAUUUUCAAUAGGCCUCCCGCUGAACUCUAUUUUUUAGUUUAGUAAACAGAGAUUGGCACCUUUUUUCUAUAAAGGCCCAAAGGGUAAAUAUUUUAGGCUUUGUGGGCCAUAUAGUCUCUGUCACAACUACUAACCUCUGCUGUUAUUCCAUGAAAGCAGCCAUAGAUAAUAUGUAAAUGAAUGAGUGUGGCUGUGUUCCAAUAAAACUUUAUUUACAAAAGCAGGCAGCAGGCUGGAUUUGGCCUGUGGGCUGCAGGCUGUCGUUGGCCAACUUCUGGUACAAAACCUUAGUUAUGCAUCUGUUUAUGUUGUAAUGACCCCGAAAGGUGUAAAGCUAACUAUACGAGGCACAUCAUAUUUAGUCUCCUUAUGCAAUAACCACAUUGUCUUUGUGCUGCUGGUCAAGUGCUUACCCUUGAAGGGGCGUACAGUUUCUCCAGCUAGUUCAACCUGCGUCUUGAGUAUAGGAAAAAGUAAUUUAUGGCAUGACCCGCGUUGCUUAAUCAAACUUGGGGUCUCCAAACACCUGAGCAGAACUCUCUUCUGGCAUUCUUACCACGAGAUCUCCAGAGACCAUCAACCACUCCUGGGAAGUGGUGUCCAGCUCCUUGUGUCUUACUUAGGGUUUAUUUAUGCUUCAGAAUAUGGCUCUUUGCCCUGUGCAUGAAUAUAUGAAUAUUUGUAUGUGGAUAUGUGAGGCUUUACCAAGUAGAGCUCUCCGAAGAGUUAACUUUUUACUUCUAAUUAUUUUACAUGACUUUCUGAGUUAAAUUGGAAUACAUUAGUAAAUGUAACUGAACACUGUAGAGUCUUACAUGUCUUGUAAUAGCCCUGAGAUCUAUGUUGUUUCUGCAUUAGCGACAGAGACACGAAGUCAGUUUUAAAACAACCGCCAUCACGAAAACAGUGCGUGGCUGAAGAGCACAGGAAAGUAUUUUAACCCCGUAAAGAGACCCCGGUUGUGGAAAGGUGCCAAAACGGCUUGCAUGGGAGAAGUCAGGCCCAGCUCCCAGCACACUGUUCGAGCAAGGUACUCAUCUCCUGCCCCGGGAGGGCUGCCUCUGAGCAAAGAGGGCUUUCGAUUGUUCUGUAGUUUCAGCUCUUGCUUUAUGUGGCUGAAUCACCUCCUCUGAGUGCCAUGUGUGAGUCGGGCUAUUAGAUGUCAUGCAGCACAGGACAGUCCUGAAUGUGCAGCAUGACCGAUGCUCAGCGAUCAGAUGCUGUUGAUACAAUAAUCCCCUAGACAGAAGGGUCCGACCGAGUCUGGGUGUGAUGUCACUAUAAUGAUAAAAGACAUGGUUCAAUGUGAGACCAGAGGGUGUCAGUCUUAGGACACUAUACUCAUGUCGUAUCUUUUCUAUAAUAUCCUCCUUCCUUCAUUUUUCUAGCUCCACACCACACACUUAAACCUGUAUUAUGAACUGUAUAUUACUAAGUCUUAAAUGUGCCAUAAGGAUACAUAGUCCAUUCUAGCUGAAAUUGUUUAAAGUUAGUCUACUAGGUUUAGUUGUGAGAUUUUAUUUGUGUUUCCAAGGCAUAAGAGGUCUGUGCUUGGUGGCAUUAAAUUAAAUGAUUUCCGGAACUGCUUUGAUGGCGCUUUUGUACACGGUGGCUUCUCAGUCGUUAAAGACCCUGCCUAAAACUCACCGGACUGUGAAGACGUAGAUUUGUAGACUAAUCGUGUUCUAGAUUUGUGAGUUGCGUGAGAAAGCACUUGAACAAAAAUUAUGGCAUUCGAGAAUUUUUUAUAUAUCUUAGCUGUAAAAUGAGAAAGUGUUGGUCGGUUUCAGAAUCUGGUAACUCCAUGAUGAAAAGAAAUUUACUUCAUAAGUGUUAUGACUCUAAUAAAGUAUUCAUUUGGUAAUCUU